AUGAGCUACAUCGCCCGCCGAGGUCUCUCGACCUUGAUUCCCCCCAAGGCCAUCGGUGCCGCUAAGGAUGCCGCUCGCAUGGAGCGCGUUGUGAACUUCUACGCCAGACUCCCUCGCGGUGCCGCUCCCGAGGCUAAGCCCACUGGCCUCAUUGGACGCUACCAGGCUCGUUACUUUGGCAAGAACCCUUCUGCUGCCCCUCUUGCUCACGCCAUUGGUGGUAUCCUUCUCAUCGGCUACAGCAUGGAGUACUACUUCCACCUUCGCCACCACAAGAACCACCCUCACUAA